GACGCAAUAUACCACUUUAAACUAGGAAAAACGCAGAUGAGACAUACGUUACCAGUUUCUCCUUAAUUAUGGCUUUAGCUUUAGGGAGAAUGUCAGCUAAUGGUGCCUUUAGGAGGGCGAUCCUGAGUUUAAACUCAGUGAAAGGGCAAAGAUUUAACAGCAGCACUUUAAACGAAGAAAGAAAAACUACUAGCUCAGGUACUAAUGGCCCAGUGGUUUCUGAGAGAAGGGGUACAGUGAUGCUUAUUGGGAUAAACCGUCCUGAGGCACGUAAUGCAGUGAAUCGAGAGACUGCUCGGAGACUGACCGAGGAGCUGUCAGCCUUUGACCAGGACAACAGCCUUAAUGUGGCAGUGGUGUAUGGAGUGGGAGGGAAUUUCUGCGCUGGAUUUGAUCUAAAGGAGUUGGCCCAUGGUUCUGAUUCCCUUGAACUUGAGCAAGAUGUCAGCAGUGGUCCUGGUCCCAUGGGUCCAUCUCGUAUGAGGCUCUCAAAGCCCUUGAUUGCUGCAGUCAGUGGAUAUGCUGUGGCUGGAGGUCUGGAGCUAGCACUGCUGGCUGACAUGAGGGUGGUCGAGGAGAGCUCUAUCAUGGGCGUUUUCUGCCGCCGAUUUGGUGUGCCAUUGAUUGAUGGAGGUACAGUGAGACUGCCGCAGCUGAUUGGUCUUUCUCGAGCUCUAGAUCUCAUCCUCACAGGCCGACCGGUGAAGGCACAAGAGGCUUUAGCAUUUGGACUGGCAAAUAGAGUAGUCCCUGAUGGCCAAGCACUUCAAGAGGCUCUUGAACUCGCAGAACAGGUCAGCGCAUUUCCACAGCUCUGUCUCCGUGCUGACCGUAACUCCGCCUACCAUGCUGUGUUUGACUCCACCUCCUUCAACCAGGCCAUGCAGUAUGAGACGGAUAAUGGCAUACCAGUCAUUAUAGCUGAAGCCAUUGCUGGAGCAGCAAAAUUCAGCUCGGGCGUUGGGAGAGGUGGGACGUUCUCCAAGAGUAAACUGUAAACAGACAGAAACUGU